GUGGUAUAUCCAGGGCUGGGGUGUGGUGAAACCCCCCCCCCUUUUUUUUUUUAAGCUCAGCCAAUCAAGAUGGACGCUUCUAUUGUUACAAAACGUGUUGGGCGGGGCCUUUAGCGUUGCCGGCAAAAGAUUAUUUUCAAAGUUCCUGGUUAGAUUUUUCCCAAUUCCGCGGAAUAUUGCUAUCACACUGGGUAUUCCAGGAAGGGAAAUUGCCAAAGGAGAAGAGCCUUGUCCUCUGGUACCCAAGGUGUGUCUGAAGUCAGUGGCACCUUUGUGUGGCCGGCUGCUUGCUUGAUUCAGUGAUGUCUGUGUCCCCAUCCCCUGCUAACAGGCAGAGUCUGAUGGCGGCCGCUGAGCAAGGACCCCAGACCCUGGGCUGUGUGGCAUUUAAGGACGUGGCUAUCUGCUUCUCAGAGGAGGAAUGGAGACUCCUUGAUGACUCUCAGAGGCUCCUGUACCGCAGUGUGAUGACGGACAUCUUUGACCUCAUGGCUUCCUUGGGACUUUUACCUUCUGGGAUCCGUGACAUCACUCAGCUGGAGUCUUUAGGAGAUCCCUUAACUCCGGCACUGAGAUUCCUGACUCCAGGACGCUGGAACAGAGAGGAGGAGAGUGAGACAUCACCCACCAAGCAGAGUGGACGGCAGAAGCAGAGGCGUGCUGAGAAACCCCCACAGAGAAAGCGGGUCAGGAUCGCAGCUACGAAGAAGACCAGGGGAAAGGAGCCACCCACAGGGAAGACGGCAGAGAAGACGGCACAGAAGCCGGCAGAGAACACGGCACAGAAGCCGGCAGAGAACACGGCACAGAAGACGGCAGAGAGGACGGCAGAGAAGCCGCCAGAGAACACAGCACAGAAGACGGCAGAGAAGACGGUAGAGAGGACGGCAGAGAAGCCGGCAGAGAACACGGCACAGAAGACGGCAGAGAAGACGGUAGAGAAGACGGCAGAGAGGACGGCAGAGAACACCGCAGAGAAGACGACGUCACAAAGCACAGACAGUGAGAAGGACUUGGAGGACUCCUCAAGCCUUGAGUCUCAGGUGACUCCCAGCACCGGGAAGCCACAGAGAGGCUCUGAGAAGACGGAGGCCGUUCACUCCAAGAAAGGAAAUUACAAAUGCCCUGACUGCGGCAAAACCUUUAUUCAUAAGUUCCGGCUCAUCCGCCACGAGAAAACACACACCGGAGAAAGGCCGUUCAAGUGCAGCGAGUGCGGCGGAUCCUUCCGCCAAAAUGCCCAUCUCAUCGUGCACUUGAGAAUUCACACCGGAGAGAAGCGUUUCAAAUGCAGUGAAUGUGGGAAAGCCUUCAAUUACAAAAGCUCCCUCGUUCAUCACAUGAAUGCUCACAAGGGAGAAAUGCCUUAUAAGUGCAAGGAAUGCGGGAAACUGUACAGGAACAAAUCCAGCUUAACAUGCCACCUUAGAGUCCACACAGGAGAAAAGCCCUUUGAGUGCAGUGAGUGUGGGGAAUCAUACAGGAACAGAGUCAGCCUCGCAAGUCAUUAUCGGUUUCAUACCGGCGAAAAGCCGUACAAGUGCGCGAAGUGUGGGAAGACGUUUAAGGAAAAAUCCAGUCUUUUUUAUCACGGCCGAGUGCACAACGGGGAAAGGCCUUUCCCGUGCAGCGAGUGCGGCAAGUGCUUUAUCCAAAAUUCUCACCUUGUGAAACACCAGAAAGUUCACAGCAAGCCUUUCGUGUGCGACGAGUGCGGGAGCGUCUUCACUUCGGGUUACAGCCUCAGUAGACAUAAGAUAGUCCACGUCGCGGGAAAGCAAUAUGAGUGCGAGGAAUGUGACAAGGUGUAUUGCUACAGCUCUGGCCUCUAUAAGCAUCGGAAAGUUCACAAUAAGUAGAGAGCGGAGGAGCAGCGAACGUAGGAAGUCCC